UGACGCGAACAGUUGUGGGUGCCGGGUCUUCCGGAAGCCAAUUCACUUCAUUUUAGCCAACGUGUAUUUUCAGCAAGGAAAGACUUUGUCUCAAUUUGUGUGCCAUGGGUCGCCGCAAGUCCAAAAGAAAGCCUCCACCUAAGAAGAAGAUGACGGGGGAUUUGGAAAGUCAGUUCACCUGUCCCUUCUGCAACCACGAGAAGUCAUGUGAUGUCAAAAUGGAAAGAAGCAGAAAUACUGGAAUAAUAUCAUGUACAGUCUGCUUGGAGGAGUUCCAGACCCCCAUUACCUAUCUGUCAGAGCCAGUUGAUGUGUACAGUGACUGGAUAGACGCCUGUGAAGCAGCCAAUCAGUAGCCCUCACAGAGCUGGAUGCCUCUCAGGAAGGGGGAGAGGAUGAGCAUGUGGUUGGUGGGUCUGAGCCCACUGGGAUCAAGCCGGUCAGAGGACAUUUUUGAAACUUUGAUUAUUCACAGAAUUUAUGGUCACUUGAGAUUUACCGCUCUGUGAACAGGAGUCUCGCUCAUGAGGUCUUCGGUACAAACAUGCUGUGAAAUGUUUCUGCUGUCUUCUCAGUUCCCCCCUUUCUGAAACCUUAGGUUUCAGCCCACAACUCUAGUUUUGACUCUUGAGAUUUAUUACAUAAUUUGUUCUAUGCGGUAUACCCUGAUUUAUUUUCACACUUUCAGCAGCGUUUCCAGACAUUUAGUUAGAUUUUUGACCGCUUGGUAUAGUUAGCUGAGCCAACUUAAGCUUGUACAAGAGACUUGUAGCAUAAGAGAAUGGACUCCCAUCUUGACAUUUUCAGUGUGAAAUCAAUAAUGUAUCUGUUUAGUUAUCAUGAUGAGAAAGACACAUAUGAAUAUGUGGAUCUAGCCUGAAAGAGUCUUAAAAACAGAACAGUGAGUAGGUGUGUUUAAAAGUUGAAAAUGUUAAAUUUUGCGUACACUUAUUCUCAAUCAUGCUCUGACACUGGCAGCAAGAUCUAGUUGGAGAGGACAACGUUUUCUGGUAGGCUGCACUGUUAGACCUUGCAAAGUCUAGGUAGGAGGGAAUUUCUUGGAUUGCAUGCUAAUGCUGUUAAGGCCAACAGUAAUGCUUGAUGAUGCCACACUUAGCAGUUUGUUUUCAGCGUCUCAUGUGAAUGCAAGAGUUGAUUCAAGCCUUUUCUUUUUGAGUUUAAAAAAAAUCUAUAUUGAUUACUCUGAGUCAGGCUUUCUGUUACGGGUUCUUUUCACGAUAAAAAUUACGAACACCUCUAUUCAUUCUCACAAUGAGAGUUGUGUCACAGCAUUAGGUCAUUCCACUGUAGAGAGAAUCAAAAAUGCUAAGAUUUAUGUUUAGCUGCUAAGUUCAUUGGUUUUGAAUUUGUAUUGAUGCAUUCAGUUUCUCAGUUGAUGAUAUGCUGUUAGCUGACAUGUUCAUGAAAUAAAAAAAUACAAGAAACAUAAA